AUGGCCACAACGGCGGCAUAUGAAGUCACGGCGGCGGUUCCGGCGUGGCUAAACAAAGGCGACAACGCAUGGCAAAUGACGGCGAGCACCCUGGUGGGGCUCCAGAGCAUGCCGGGCCUCGUGAUUCUCUACGGGAGCAUAGUGAAGAAGAAAUGGGCGGUGAACUCGGCUUUCAUGGCUCUCUACGCCUUCGCCGCGGUUCUCAUCUGUUGGGUUCUUCUCUGUUACCGCAUGGCGUUUGGCGAUAAGCUUUUGCCUUUCUGGGCUAAGGGCGCUCCCUCUUUAGGCCAGAAGUUCCUCAUCAAACAAGCCCGGAUCCCGGAAAGCACGCACUAUUAUGAAAACGGGGAGAUUGAAGCUCGCAUGAUUGAGCCCUUUUAUCCCAUGGCGACGGAGGUUUAUUUCCAGUUCACGUUCGCCGCUAUUACGAUGAUCUUGCUGGCCGGUUCAGUUCUGGGCCGGAUGGACAUCAAAGCUUGGAUGGCUUUUGUGCCUCUUUGGCUUGUGUUUAGCUACACGGUGGGGGCGUUUAGCCUCUGGGGCGGCGGCUUUCUCUUCCACUGGGGCGUUAUUGACUAUUCCGGCGGCUAUGUUAUUCACCUCGCUUCAGGAAUUUCUGGCUUCACAGCUGCUUAUUGGGUUGGGCCGAGGUUGAAGAGCGAUAGGGAGAGGUUUCCGCCGAAUAACGUGCUGUUGAUGCUGGCGGGGGCGGGGCUUCUGUGGAUGGGGUGGUCGGGUUUCAACGGCGGCGCACCCAACGCCGCCAAUCUCACGGCUUCUUUAGCGGUGCUAAACACCAAUAUUUCCGCCGCCACCAGUCUUCUGGUCUGGACAACUCUCGACGUCAUCUACUUCGGAAAGCCGUCGGUGGUCGGAGCUGUUCAGGGAAUGAUGACCGGACUUGCCUGCGUAACUCCCGGCGCAGGUGUUGUUCAAUCUUGGGCGGCUAUAGUGAUGGGAAUACUUUCAGGCAGCAUUCCUUGGUUCACCAUGAUGAUCCUCCACAAGAAAUCUACCUUUCUGCAACAGGUGGAUGACACUCUAGCUGUGUUCCAUACACACGCAGUGGCAGGGCUACUAGGUGGACUACUAACCGGGCUAUUUGCAGAGCCAACACUUUGCAGCCUGCAACUAAGAGUGACCAACACAAAAGGGGCUUUCUACGGUGGAGGAAUUCAAUUUGUGAAGCAAUUGGUGGCUGCUCUUUUCAUCAUUGGGUGGAACAUUGUCUCCACCACUAUCAUCCUUCUCCUCAUACGACUGGUUAUACCCCUGAGGAUGCCGGACCACCAGCUCAUGAUCGGAGAUGACGCCGUUCACGGCGAGGAAGCCUAUGCGCUUUGGGGUGAUGGAGAGAAAUAUGACCCAAAUAAACACGGCCCUGACUCCCCUGAAAGGGCUACAACUUCUGGUAUUGGCAAUGGUGCUAGAGGUGUAACUAUAAAUCUGUAAACAAUAUAAUGAUGAUGAUCAAUUCAUAAUUCAUUUGCAUGAUAGUACUACAUCUACAUGUUCCUAGAUUAUUUCAUUCAAA